AUGUACCCCUCAAUUUCAGUUGAUUUUGAAAAAGAAUCACCAUGUCUGCCACCAACAGCGCCACCGUAUCCCCACCCACCACCAGUACCAUUCACUUUCCCUGAACCAACUACUGAUCAAGUCAAUGAAAGAAAUCAAACAAAUAGUAGUGGUUCAACCGCUCCCAACUCCAAUUCUUUCGGCCCACUUCCUUGGUCCACUGGUCUCUGUGAUUGUUGUGAUGAUGUUAGCACUUGUUGCUUAACAUGCUGGUGUCCUUGUGUUGCUUUUGGACGAAUUGCAGAAAUUGUUGAUAGAGGGUCGACCCCAUGUGGAGUAAGUGGAACGCUAUACACUUUAAUAUUGUGCCUGACGGGAUGCUUGUGCUUGUAUUCGUGCUUUUAUCGAUCAAAAUUGAGGGGACAGUACUUCUUGGAAGAGAGGCCUUGCACAGAUUGCUGCGUCCAUUGUUGUUGUGAGGAAUGUGCUUUGUGUCAAGAGUAUAGAGAGCUCAUGCAUCAUGGCUUUGACAUGUCUAUAGGGUGGCAUGGGAACAUGGCAAGGCAGCAACGAUUAGCUGAAGUUGAAGGAAGCAAGAUUCGUUUGACAUAAACAUAUAAUUUAUUUUAAUUUUUAUUCGGAAGUGAAGAGAAAUGAUUGUAAG